AUGGAGAAAAACACUAUGUUCUUGCUCUCCCUUCUGAGAGUAGCGGCAGCUUGGUCCAUACUUGCUGCCUACACCAUACCCUUCUUCAUCAUCCCAAGGACCGUCCAUCCACUGCUUGGCUGGCCUCUCUACUUGCUUGGUUCUUUCUCUCUUUCUUCCAUUGUGAUCAACGUUUUCCUCCUCCACCCGAUGACCGUCCUCACAACAUGGUUUGGAUUCAUCGGUAGCGCUAUUGGUGAUGGCCUUCCUUGGUAUCUAAAUGGUGUUGUCAGGGCAUUGGCAGUGUUUGCGUGUGCGUUCUGCUGCGCACCCUUGAUCUGGGCAUCUUUGGUCAAGACAAUGAGCUCCUUGCAUGUCCUGAUCGAGAGGGAUGCAUUCAGGCUCGGAGAACCUAACCAGAACGCCGAGUUCACAAAGCUAUACUGA